AUGAGACUAUCACAUCCAUUGCUGAGCGUGCCCCUCGCCGCCGUCACCCUCCACAUGGCGUCAGCCCAGAUGGUCUGCACCACCGAAGGAUCUCCCGGGCCCGCAUCUGUCCUCCAAUGUCUCGGCUCCGUCGUGCAAUGCGCCACGACCCUCACCGAUCUCAAAGUCCUCAGCUCGUGUGAAUGCAGCUAUGUCCGCGCUGCGCUCAGCUGCUACACCUCCAUCUGUGGCGACAGCAUCCCCUCCACCAGCGACAUCAUGUCCCUGAGCUCAAAGUACUGCGGGGACGGGGGCGCGGCGGCGACAACCACAGGUACAGACACGGGAUCAGGGUCACAAGCCAGUGCGACGGCCUCGGUCGCCAGCGCAACGAGCAGCGCCGGUGCUGGUGCCGCUGCCGGACAAAAGGGUCUCUCGCAAGAGGUCUUUGUCGUCGCUGUGGUCGGGUUAGUCGGUGGCGCGAUGGUCUGA